ACAAAGCAAAAGGCCAAAAGCUCUAAUUCGAUCGAUUUUGAAGCUUUUUUAUUAAUGACAGAAAUAUAUUGAAGUUAAAACAGAUAUAAAACUUGCUUUGGUUCUUUAUUCAUAAAUUUCAAUUAAAAUACAUAACAACGAGCACAAAUUCAGGUGAACUGAAAUCUUGAAAUCUAGGAAUGGGCAAUACAGUAACAGCAGCCGAGAUAGCUGCCGCCCAAAUAGUGAAGCCAGUUGGCUCGGAAGAGUCCAGCUGGCAAGGUCAGCUGCCUCCGGGCCCCCGCCAAUCAGCAAGCACCAACAUGCCAGCAAAAUGAUGUCGUCAUAUGCGGGCGAAAUACCACCUGAGUGUCCCAUGCAUAGACCGCUCAAAACACCUCCGCAAACAGCCGGGGGAUGUCCAGUGGGCGCCGAUAAGAUGACAGACGUUGAUCCAAGAAAUAUGAUGCCACCCCACCAACAACGCCCUGAUCAACCGUUUCUGCCACUUGACAGAGAAACGUCUUCUAUUCCAAAAGCUGGCGAAGAGGGGGUCUGGGUCUACCCUUCACAACAGAUGUUCUGGAAUGCCAUGCUAAGAAAGGGAUGGAGAUGGAAGGAUGAUGAUCUGAAACCGAAAGAUAUGGCCGAUAUUAUACGCAUCCAUAACGCUAAUAAUGAACAGGCUUGGCUUGAGGUGUUGAAGUGGGAAGCACUACAUGCCCAAGAGUGUAUGAACCCGAAAUUGAAGAGUUUUGGUGGCAAGGCUAAAGACUACUCACCUCGAGCCAGGAUUCGUCAGCUUAUGGGUUACGAGCUUCCUUUCGACAGACACGACUGGAUUGUGGACCGUUGCGGCAAAGAUGUGCGCUAUGUUAUCGAUUACUAUGAUGGUGGAAAUGUCGAUGAAAAUCAUCGAUUCGCCAUUUUGGAUGUGAGACCUGCUAUGGACAACUGGGAGAACAUUUGGGACCGUAUGAAGGUAGCUUACAUGAGAUGGAGAUACACGUAGACCUAAUGAUACAGUAUCGACGACUUUUGUAUCAUGUGCAGUUCUGUGUGUAGCCUGGGUGUAAUUGGGCCAUUCUGUAUUGAGAACCUUGGUUGUACUUCUUACUACAAUCUAUGCUUUCUCUAUGUUACAAUAUUAUGAUAGUAAAUAUUUUGUGUCAUUCAUAAGGAUAAUUUGAAUUGAGAAGGUUCUAUUUAAGGUUCUUGGGUGCUAUUUAGCCACCCCUAUUAAUUCAUUCAUAACUUGUUAUAUAUUAGAAUAACUUACUGUACCAUUGUUGUAAUUCAACAUUUAUGUACUUGGCAACUUAUUUAUCAUCAAAUGAAUGCAGUUAUGACAUAUUUAUAUCAUAUAUUGUUAUGAUUCAUUGACAGCUCUGUAUCAAAUAUGCUUCUAUAUUGUAGCUGAGAUCUAUCUUAUAACAAUUUUAGGAACUUCUCAAUCCCUUGAGAUUAGAGAUAUGUUUUCUUGUUUAAUGUAUAGUUUUGACCUCUCUC